UUACCGGCAAGUGGAGUAUGUGGAUGUUGAACACCGGUAACGGGGCGUCCCGCGAAGGGCUUGCCAUCGCAAAGGAGUAGGCUAUACCUUAUUAAAAGAACCGGGGAUGACCGACUACUGAAUACGGGUAAAAUGCUUUUCUUGAGUUUGCUCCUCUUGUUCCCGUCUGCCAGUGAUGCAGUGACUGACCUUUCCGUGACGGAAGCAUCGUUGGUGGUCAGCGCUUCACCUCCGGUUACAUCUUCAGAAGAGUACGGGCAGCCCUGGAUCGCGCUCGCCCGGUCUGCGGAGGAACCGGCGGCCACGAUUACAGAGGACGGAGAGUCUUCUCAUCACCACGGAGGUUACAAUAUACUGCAGUGGGAAUGGAGCUACGUGCAGACACCGUACAUCAUAGCCAGCUGGCUUUUUGUUGCCAGUGUGGCGAAAAUACUGUUCCACCUCUCCCAGCGCUUCACCACAGCUGUCCCAGAAAGCUGUAUGCUGAUUCUGCUGGGUUUGGUACUGGGUGCAGUGGUCCUCAUUGCCAGCAAGAAGCAGCCGUAUCAGCUGGAACCGGGCCUUUUUUUCCUCUUUCUCCUGCCGACUAUAGUGGGGGAUGCAGGGUAUUUCAUGCCAGCUCGGCUCCUCUUCGACAACCUGGGUGCCAUUUUGAUGUACGCUGUAGUGGGCACAUUGUGGAAUGCCUUCUGCACUGGAUUCUGUCUCUAUGGAAUUAAGUUGGCUGGGGUCAUAGAUGAACAAGUUGAGGGAGGGUUGAUGGAGUUUCUGUUGUUUGGAGCUCUGAUUUCAGCUGUGGAUCCUGUGGCUGUAUUGGCUGUGUUUGAAGAAGUCCAUGUGAAUGAGACGCUCUUUAUCAUUGUUUUCGGCGAGUCACUGCUCAACGAUGCUGUCACAGUGGUCUUGUAUAAAGUGUACAUAUCCUUUGUGGAAGUGGGACCAGGGAAUGUUCAAACUGCAGAUUAUUUUAAAGGAAUCGCCUCAUUCUUCAUUGUCAGUAUUGGAGGAACUUUGGUGGGUCUCAUCUUUGCCGUCAUUUUGGCCUUUAUCACUCGUUUUACGAAGAAGGUUCGCAUCAUAGAGCCGCUCCUUAUCUUCCUGUUGGUUUACCUGGCCUAUCUGACUGCAGAGCUGUUUUCUCUUUCUGCCAUUCUUUCAAUGACAUUCUGUGGCAUUGGCUGCAACAAGUAUGUGGAAGCCAAUAUAUCCCAGAAGUCCCGGACCACUGUAAAGUACACCAUGAAAACCCUAACCAGCAUUGCUGAGACAAUCAUCUUCAUCUUUUUGGGCAUCUCAGCUGUGGACACAUCCAAAUGGGCCUGGGACACUGGACUUGUUGUCAGCACACUUAUAUUUAUCUUAGUCUUUCGGGCCAUAGGUGUUGUAGGACAGACUUGGUUCCUGAACUGGUUCAGACUCGCUCCCCUGGACAAGAUUGAUCAAGUGGUGAUGUCAUAUGGUGGCCUGCGAGGUGCUGUGGCUUUUGCUCUGGUGGUACUUUUAGACAAAAAACACGUGAAGGCAAAAGAUUACUUUGUGGCAACAACCAUAGUAGUGGUUUUCUUCACUGUCAUGUUUCAGGGUUUAACCAUCAAGCCUUUAGUGAAAUGGUUGAAAGUGCCACGCAGCACAAACAGAAAACCCACCAUUAACGAAGAGAUCCACGAGCGUGCCUUUGACCACAUUCUGACAGCUGUUGAGGACAUUGCUGGUCUGAAUGGCUACCAUCACUGGAGGGACAAGUGGGAGCAGUUUGACAAGAACUACUUGAGUAAGUUCCUGUUGAGAAAGUCUGUGUACCACAAGAGUGAGCUGUGGGAAGCCUAUCAGAAAAUCAACAUCCGAGAUGCCAUCAGUGUCAUUGAUCAGGGUGGGAACGUGUUGACCUCUGCAAGACUCUCUCUACCGUCCAUGGCUAGCAGAACCUCUUUCCCAGAGGCCACAAAUGUAACCAACUACCUGAGAGAGAAUGGGAGCGGUGUGUGCCUAGACCUUCAGGUGAUUGACACAGUGCCAGGAGCCAAGAUAGAGGAGGAAUCAGAAACACAUCAUGUACUUGCAGUAAACCUCUACCAACCCAGGAGACGGUACCAGUCCCACUACAGUCGCCACUUCAUGACAGUCGGCGACAAAGAGAGACAGGACAGGGAGGUGUUUCAGAGGAAUAUGCGUAAACGCCUUGAGUCCUUCAAAUCCACUCACUACAAGCGCCACAAAAAGGACCGCAGUCAAAAAAAGCAGAAAGGGUCAGAUACUAAAGAUCAAGACAUCAAUGAUAAACCCAGGCGUAAUGUCAGCUGGCAGGACAAAGAUCCAGUAGUGGUACCACUGUGGAUUGAUGAAGACAAACAUUCUGAACCAGAUAAAGAUGAAGACGUGGGCAUCACUUUUGUGGCUCGCAAGACUCCAGAAACACCAAAGGAGAGACCAAAAUCAGUGCCAGCUUCAGUGGAUGUGUGUCAGAGCCCAGUUGCAGCCCCUCCUUCACUCACAUGUGGAGAGAAAAACCUGCCAUGGAAAAGCGGCACGGGUUCCCUCCCUCCCUGUGUAUCUGUGGAGGCCACUAAGAUUAUUCCUAUAGACCUGCAGCAGGCCUGGAAUCAGAGCAUCUCCUCUCUGGAGAGUUUGGCUUCUCCGCCUGCUGCUCCGGAGCCUCUGCACCCACGUGUGAGUGCCCUCUCAUGGCUAGGUGGACCUCUGCGGACCCCUUCAAAGGAGAAAAAUGGUACUGGUGGUGCAGGAUCAGGAAGAAGUACAACAGCCCAGAGUUUAGGCCAGUUCCAGUUUCCUACAAGGAAGGAGGAAGAGGAAGAAGCUAGCCUUUCUCAACAUCAGCAGGAAAUACAGUCACUAAUGUCGUCUUUAAGACCACCACCGCAUGCUGCCCAACCUGCUGGAAAGAGAAGAAACCCUUGUGUUUAUCUUAGGAGUCUGGUGACAGUGCCACCUUCAGGUGGGCAGCCACACAGCAGGAAACCCACCCAACUGUAGAAACUAUAUCUUUCCUAUUGUUUCUUAUCAAUCAUCUUACUUGCAGGCACCAUUUAAUAGCCUUUUCAGGCCAGACUUUAUUUUUUCACUAAAUUGUCACUUUUUAAAAGACUUUAUAAUUUGGUUUCAUUUUUAGCACAAGUACAUUUAAAAAUAGUUUGUAUUGUUUGCUGAGAGUCAAGUGCUUGUGUGUUUGGCAGUUUCUCUCACACAGAAAAACCAUUCCAGUUCCUGUUUGUUUAUUUGUUCAUUAGUUUAAAGUCCUCUGCCCUGUAUUAUAUACCUGUGUAUGUCUGGGUGUCACAAUCUAAAGCUAUUGAACAUAUAUAAGGCUAUACCACAUUCCAAAGACUUUUUGGGUGUGCCCAUAAAACAUUAUUCCUCUUUUAAGCCCCGUUCAGACCGCCAGUGACUUGCAGUGGCAGAGCGACAUGAUCUACAGUAAUUCACUACAAUGGAAGCUUUGCAACUCCCGGUGACACAAGCGAAAGUGGCAAUUGGUGACAGUAUGUGGCCGUGUCCAGCGACGCGACAUGGUUGACAAAAAUUUUACUCUAUGCAAAUCAUAAGCGACUUUUGCGAGUGACUAGUACCAAUGAGAGUGAAGCACUCGCGUCUCUCGUGAGUUGCGGUGGCCAGUACUCGUUUGUUUAUGACAACCAGAAUUAGGAACGUUUCCCAAUGACCUCCUUGAAAGCAUUCCUAAUUCUGGAUUACACACAUUGAGGACGUCGCUGGUGGUCUGAGCGAGGCUUUAUUCAGCCCAAACAUUAAAGUGCAGAGAGCAAAUUGGCAUAUCCUAAUGACAUACAUUUGGGGUGGGACUAUUUGUUUGUCUUACCAAUGGCAGAUUGAGGGGGUGUUAAAAACAUGUUUGGAAACCAAGACCAAUUUUACCAUUUUAUCCAACUAGUGAAAUUACACACAGAAAUGACCCAAUUUGCUUUUAUCUCACAGCUUUAAAUCCUCACUCAAAGGAGAAGUAGUGAUUUCAAUAAGGAACCCUAUCUUUGCCAGGACCCUCAUGCAAAUGAUAUUUACAUUUUUAUAUAACCAUUUUUUUCUGGUUAUAUAAAGGUUAAAUAAAAAAGAGACUGGCACAAAAAGUAACAGGUAUGAAGAAAGCACAUGACCACCGACAUACUCACUAUGUCUUUAAUUCUACUUGACAGCCAUUAUGUUUAUAUUAAUUUUAAAAUUGUAUUAUGAGUAAAUUAUAUGGUAGCUUUCAAUAGAUGUAAAUAUGCAUAAAUAGUCCACACCCACUAGAGUAAUAGGUGAUAAAAUAAUUUUUGACUAAACGGUUCCGUAAAGAACCUUUAACAUCCGAAGAUUAUAAAAAGAUAAGAAAGAAAUGGUUCUUUGAAAAACCCGUGACCAAAAGGAGGAACCAAAAUUGAAUUUUUAAGAGUCUACCAACUCCUAUGCAGCACAUUACCUUUUCUCUGUUGUUGUGUUUUACAAAAUAGCGUUGUCUUAAGUUUUUUUUUUUGUUAGUUAUUAAUGUCAUUAUUUUUUAGUUAUUUAUGCUUGGCUUUCAUUUCUGUUGUUUGUAUGUAAUUCAAUCUACAAAGACAAAAUAACCAAAGUGUUUUGUUUUAUUUCUUUAUUUUAUUUGCUCUAUUAUUUCUAUGUGAUACGAUAUUUAUUAUCACUAACAUAAUCAAUAAUUUAAAAUCACUUUUUGUGCUUUAUUUAGUAGUAGGGGGCUGAAAAAACUGUCACUGUGUUUAUAUUUGUGCCUAAUCAUACAUGUACUGCAGGUUAGAUGUGCUGUAGAAUAUGUAUAUCAUUUACAGAGAGAAUGCACAGACUCAUAUAUGUAAUCUAAUGUAUGUACCAUUAUUUCAGUGAGGUUUUGUGUGUCAAACAAUAUGCAGACAUUGACUUUUGUUUCAACGAAUUCCAGUUUGCCUCAAUUUGCAGUUCUUAUUUAAAGGAAAACUUAGUUUUUUUAAUUUUACUAUGUUCUUACCUCAACUUGGAUGAAUUAAUACAUACCUAUAUUUUUUUCAAUGUGUGCACUUAAUCUUUGUUCAAUGCAUCAUGAAUGUGUUAGCAUGUAGCCUAGCCCCAUUCAUUCCUUAGGAUCCAAACAGGGAUGAAUUUUGAAGCCACCAAACACUUCCAUGUUUUCCCUAUUUAAAGACAAGUAAGUAUGGGGGCACAAAAUAAAAUGUGGUGAUUUUUUAAACAAAUUAAAAAAAGAACUAUAUUGUAUGGUGGGAGAGCACUUAGUUUGCAGCACUUAAAAACAUGGAAGUGUUUCAUGGCUUCUACAUUCAUCCUAAGGAAUUCACCAUGUGCUGUACAAAGAUUAAGUGCACGCAUUAAAAAAAGAUAGGUUGUAUUAAUUUGUCUUAAGUUAAGGUAAGAACAUAGUAAAAUAUUGAUAAAUGGUGGUGUUCUCCUUUAAAGAAUGGCAAAUGCAUAUGUCUUAUGUCUAUUGCAGUGUAUGUCUUAAUACUUUAUAAUUGUUGACAUAUCUUAAAUGAAUAUUAAAAAUACAUAAUUUAGGUUUUGCACUUUAAAUGAAAAGCCAUUUAGCCCAGAAUGCACAUGCAGUGUGGUACCACUUGCUGACCAUUUGUUUUGUUUUUGCUGUCUUGUUGUGUGUAUUUUGAGGAUUGUUGUGCCUUGAAAGUGACUGUGGUAGAAGCAGAGAAAGAGUUGUUGUUGGUCUAUAUUGUGCCUGUAAACAGUAUGGAGGGAUUCUUGUCAUGUUAGCAGAAAUAUUGCCCCAAUCAUUGAUUUAACCACUUGAAACAUAACUGGUAUUUAAUUAAACAACCAAUACAUUAAAAAUGAAUUUUUAGUUCUUACAUAUUUUCACAUGUAAAUGUUUUUAUUUUUGUAGGUAUCUGGAAGAUAUCUGUGGGCCAAAAAUUAAACAAUAGACAGGAAAUCCUUUAUUACGAAUUAUAAAAGUUUUUGUCACUCUAAUUUACUGUUUUAAGAUAAAUAUAUAUAUGCUUGUAUAAUCUAGUCUGUGUCAUUUUCAGCUGGUCUCAGCUGUUCUUUCAUUAGACACCCUGUGAAGGAAAACUGUGGUCAAUAAUAAGGUUAUAUUUAAAUUUAAGCCCAUAGUCCCAGUGGUGCAGGCAGGGCUUCCAUUUUCAGCCCUCAAAAGACUGCAACACAUUUAUGUGCUAAUGUGCCAUUUUCCUUUCUUUGAGCUUUGAAAUAGGUUACAGCCAUUAAAGUGGAGACUUCAGACUGUUUUCACAAACUGACUUGACCUAAAUAAAAGAAAA